AUGAUGGAAGAGAAGACGCUUUUGAGAGAGGUUUCACAUUUAUCGUUCUUCAAGUUGAUUCUUAUGCGUCAUAUUUUUGCAGCAGAUCGAGCUGCUGAAAAUGUGCGCCAGGCAUCGCCACCAUCGGGUAUGGUCGAACCUAGGCCACCAGAAAGAGUUAGUCAGGGAAGUGACACUGAUGAUGAGAAUGAACGUCUUAUUGAUAUGGCCCUUGAAGAUGGACGAAACCUCUUAAAACAGGCAGAAGAUACGGGGUCAACAGGUUCUGGUGGAUGGACUCCUCGACCGUAUGAUAGUCCUUUGCAUGGAGUAGAUGUUGAAACAGAUCCGAAGAGAGUAGAUACCCCUCCUCAUCAAGAAGUCAGUAUACCUCCAGCUCCAGCGAUAGAAUGUGAUCCGGAACUAGUGGAAGCCUUUUGUAAGCAUUUUGAAAGAAAAGCAGCUGGUAUAGAUGUUAACGUCGCUAUUCAAGAGGUAAAGGAUUUCCAAAAUCCGUCUAGUUAUGAACAACUGAUUCUUACAUUUGGAAUCGAUGAAGUUGCUGAAGACCAGAGAAGGCAUAUGGAACAUCUAGCAGCUGCAAAGAAGGCCGGACAUGGUGGAGGAUCGGCGUCAGCAGCACCUACCAAGAAGAAAGCCUAA